AUGGUUCACAUUCAAUUACCUUUCCCUUACCCACUUCACAUGAUUUUCAUUUCCAGCGUUGGGAUCUUAGGAGGAGGAAAUUCAGAAGCCCAGGUUUCAAAUGUGCUGAUGGAUAAGGCAAAACUCAUAGGAACCACCAUUGGAGUGAGAAUAAAGACUUGGAUCAGGGGAUCAGGGAAUGUUGACAACAUAGUAUUUCAGAACAUUAAGAUGGAAAAUGUGAAGAACCCCAUAAUCAUAGACCAAAACUACUGUGAUCAAGAAACUCCAUGCAAGGAACAGAACUCAGCUGUCCAAAUAAGAAACAUAGUCUACAGGAACAUCACAGGCAUGAGUGCAACAAAAAUGACCACAAUAUUCAAGUGCAGCAAGACCUUACCUUGCCAAGGCAUUAUGCUGAAGGAUAUAAAUCUAGUAUAA